AGCAGGAUUGGGCACCCCUGGCCUACAGCAUAGAGGGCCAGUUGCUGUUAACGCUAAAGCGAUUUCUACCUUUACAAUAAGGUAAAGAUUUUUACAUUAUUUGGAAAUAUGUCCAGUUCAUCUUGUUCAAAACUGUAUUUUUAACUUGUCUUUUACCUUGUUUUGGUCUCAUAGAUGGAAGAAUCACAAAAACUUUUACUGACAAUUUACAUUGCUCCUGACAUCGCCCACAAGAUGACCCUUUCUGCUCGCCCAAGUACAGUAGAAGAGUUGAUUACAGUAAUUAAAGAGAAAUUUAGACCUUGUCUUGAUUUUGAUUUCAGCCUUCAAUAUGAAGACCCAGACUUUGGGGGGCAACUCUGCUUUCUAACAGACAUUUCAGAACUGCCAGAGAAGGCUGUAUUAAAGUACAAAGAUCUGAAAUUGAUGCUGGCUCAGCUGCAAGUUCAGACACAGAAAUACUCACUUAUGCCCCAGAACGCUCUCAGGGUUGGCCUGAUGUGUUCCCAGUUCCUCAAUUUUCAUAUGAUGUCGAGCACACCCUAAAUUGUGGAAAUACUAACUAUCAAACCAGUGGAAAGUACUUAAAAUUAACAAAAGGCCAAAAACAUGAUAUUUUAGAAAAUAUGGCCAAGGUAAUGCACAGCUUUAAGGCUUACCCCAGCGACAAAGAAGUUGCUAAAGCAGCUGAGGCUCUUAUUUCUAAGCAUCCCCAGGAAGUCAAUGUGGAUGGUAUGGCUGGAAGACCAGUUUAAAGUUUAAGAUGGGCAACUAUCGUACAAAACUCAGCAGAUCUGGCUGUGAAGAGGUGGCUGUUAACUCGGGGAAGAGAAGCCAAAAUAAUCCAGAGAGUGAGUCUCCCCACUCUAACAUCAAAAGAGCUCGUCGAGCUGAGGUAAACUACCUACCAAAUUUUCCAAAAGGUGAGAGUGCUGAAAGCUUGGAACAACAAAGACUGCAAAUAGUUGAGGAAGUGUCUAAGACUGAAAGAAGUCUUGGACUGAUAGAGAAACUCAUGCAAAGUACAUUUGCGCUGCGUCGCAAACAGAUCGUUGUCGAUAACCCAUCACAACCAGUGAAGGACUUUUUGGAAAAGUGGCCUGCACUUCAUUUGGAAUCUCAGAUUGCUGCAGAAUUCCACAGAAUUACUAAUAUCAACUUGAAAAACAAGUUCUAUGCAGAACUGGACAACCAUACACCUCGACAGAUUGCAGUUUACAGGCAGAAGGCUAUCCGUACUGGAAAAGUAGCAGAAGCACUGAGAAGCAUCUUAAGUGCCUUUGAUCUUGUGGAUCACUGCGAUGUUGAAAAUAGACGUACAGCUGCACUUCGAGCCCUCCCUGUCUACUUGCGCGAAGAUGACUCUGUGUUUUUCAAGAUGUGGAAUACUGAAGAGGUGGAUGAGCCAGACAUUGCAGAUUCAGCUGUAGCUCUUGUCAGCAUGGUGAAUGGAGACUCGACUUCCACUGUUCAGUUUGACCCUGCUGGGAUUGCUAUUGUGCUGGAAGGUGACAUUGUUCUAAGGGACAUAUCCAGGUUGGCUGAUGCUUUUCUUUUGAUGUUUGGUUAGAUAUAUGCGUUACAUCUCAACUACCCCAAAGAGCUGACCCACACAUUUAACUUCAUCCAAAAAGUCUUACUGGGCUUGGAUGACUCAGUGCCACUAACACCCAGAUUGCUGAGUCUAAAAAAAUGAUCUACUAAUUAAGGAGUAAGGGGAAUGGAUGUACGAGAUCUAUACAAUUUUAUUUUCGGUUCUUUUCAGUUGUUGUGACUAUGUAGUUGCCCUAUUAAACACUGAGCUCAAGAUUUCAAAUUUCCCAGUGAAGUGGAGAAUUUCAUUUUCAUUUUAGUAUACAUUGAUUGGGAUUGCGUUACUGAAAGCCAUCACUCAGAUUACUACAUUUUAUUUUUACGGAUUAAGAGAUUUUCUGCAUUUCUAGAUGCACAAGAGACUGUUUAUUGUAUUUUAUUUCACUUGUUGUUACCUAUAAUAUUAUAGUCUAUUGUAAUACUACUCAAAUUUUGAAAUUUUCCAGAACACAGAUUGUGUUGACUUAGUAUUUGCUGGGAUUGCGUUACUGAAAGCCACUAGCACCCAGAUUAUUGUCUAAAUGUUAUUUUUACUGAUUAAGAGAUUUCUGGAUGCACAAGAGUCUGUUUAUUAUAUUUUAUUUCACUUGUGACUAAUAAUAUUACAGUCUAUUGUAAUACUUCUCAUAUUGUGAAAUGUUCCAGAACACAGAUUGUGUUCACUUAGUAUUUUCUGGGAUUGCGUUACUGAAAGCCACUAGCACCCAGAUUCUAAAUUGUAUUUUUUUCUGAUUAAAGGCACUCUAUGCAAGAUCUGUACCUUAAUAUAACAGCUUCAAAGUCGUUUCAGUGGUUAACAGCGAUGCUGACCUGCCAAUCUUGUGAUGGACUUGUGAGUAAAUCUCUUAUUUGUAAACUUGUUUGCGUUCUAUGUUGUAUGUUGCUGCACUAGCUAGUUUGUCAUUUUUUACGGUGCUGUUCAUUCAUCCAUUGUUGAUAAUUAGAUCAGUUCAUAUAAUUCCCACAAGUCUAGCUAGCUUUCGUUUACCAAAGCUGUAAGCAGGCUUCCUAACAAACAGUCGUUUCUCUUAGUUCUGUUGUUUUUUCGUUAUGUUUUAUUGCCUAGGUUGCCACAAGAGCUAGUGUGCCAGCUGAACUCAGGUGUUGUGAUGUGUAUCACGUAACGUUUGUCCUGUGUAUGGUUCGGAUUUCUUAUGUCGUGCGUAAGGUACUGUUAUAAACCUUAUCUGACUAACAGUGCACUUCCCGACUGUAAUUUUUUUUCAAAUUGUGUUGAUUAUGAGUUAAAUUUUGACGCUGUUGAUGUUGAUUCCUGUGAUUAUCACGAGGACAUAGUCAAUAUAUCACAUAAUUAUUAGGACAUAUAAGCCUAGAGGUUGUAAAUAGUGUAAUUGAACACAAUUUGCUAACUAUU